GCGAUGCCUGAGCCGGCUAAGUCCGCCCCCGCGCCCAAGAAGGGCUCCAAGAAGGCGGUGACCAAGACGCAGAAGAAGGGCGACAAGAAGCGCAAGAAGAGCCGCAAGGAGAGCUACUCGAUCUACGUGUACAAGGUGCUGAAGCAGGUGCACCCCGACACGGGCAUCUCGUCCAAGGCCAUGGGCAUCAUGAACUCCUUCGUCAACGACAUCUUCGAGCGCAUCGCCGGCGAGGCCUCGCGCCUGGCGCACUACAACAAGCGCUCCACCAUCACCUCGCGGGAGAUCCAGACGGCCGUGCGGCUGCUGCUGCCCGGCGAGCUGGCCAAGCACGCUGUCUCCGAGGGCACCAAGGCUGUCACCAAGUACACCAGCUCUAAGUAGAGCGUCUGGGAUCGUCAGUUUUAACACAAAGGCUCUUUUAAGAGCCACCAAUUUUUUCAAGUAGAAGGGCUGAAUUACUUUUUUUCUUGGGAGGUAUGUAAAUAGCCUGUCAAUGUGUACGUCUCUAGAAAGUUAAGUACUCGAGUUUUUUUAGAUAGUUGAGAUGUAACUACUUAGCUUUUUAAGCGUGAGGGCUCUUGGUUAACAGCCUAUGCUCGGUAUAUAGCAUUAUACUUUGUUGUUUAAAACUUAGAAAUUGAGUAUAUGCUAUAAACUCUGCUCUUCAAUGUGGCUAAAAAGCCGCAGCAACUUUGUCCUAGUGUUUUGCUAGCUCUCUGUUUUCAGAAUUUGGAAGUCGUGCAGGGGAAGGUAAGUCGCCUUUUAUUUUCUAAGGGUUUUAAUUCUUAACGUGAUAGGCCUGGUAGAAAAUCCUAGAUGCUAUUAAGAACUCGCUUUCUGUGCACUGUACCAGUAAAAUAAAAAAUCGUAUUUCUGCCUCUUUCAGUAACUAAUAAAUAUUUUGAAAGCAGUUUCUAAAG